AUGGGUGGAACGAGUUCGAGAUCUGAAAGCGCCAAUGUGGAGUCCAGUCAAUCUCCACAUACGAAUUCUCCUUCGUCAUUCACUCAACCUCCCAGCGGUGGCCCCGGUGACAUCGACCCGAAUGUUGAAGAAGUUACAUCUCAAAAUAGAAGUAGCAACACUGGCCAAAGAUGGCAAUGGGAAGACGAUGAGCCGCUAAUCAGUGCAUGGCUAAAUGUCGAGCAAGAUCCCGUGGUCGGGGAUAAUCAAGCCGGCACCACAUCUUGGGAGAGGAUCCACCAGUAUUGCCUGGAGGUUGACCACAAGCGCUUCUCCACGAAGAAAUCUAACGCGUUGAAGCAACGGUUCCACAAGAUUCGCACGACCGUAUCGUCCUUCUAUGGAUUCUAUGCGCAAGCUGAUCGUCAUAGAGCAAGCGGAGCAAACGAUGAUAAUGUGUUGGCGAUGGCUCAUAAUUUGUACUACAAGACGUAUAACGUCAAAUUCAACAUGUUGUUGUACUGGAAUAUUCUCCGCCAUGAACCAAAAUUUUUAACCCUUAUUGAUUCUCCCACUUAA